AUCAUGAAAAAAUAAAAUGGUUGACUUUAUGUUUCUGACUAUCAGCCAUCCUUUUAAAAUCUUAUUGCUUAUAACAUAAACAAGUUUUGAAAAACAAUUCCAAGUUUAAGAAUAGCUGGAUUUCGUCUGCUUUUCGGCAGAUCGGACUGGAUUUCGCCAUGAAUUGCUAGUACAGCUUUUAGUUAUAACUUGGGUACCCAGUGCACUGGUACAGUACCGACUUGUCACUUGUGAGUAGACUGUUGCUGGUUGCACCAUAUUUUCGUGGUGGCCAACUUGAUAAUCUAUCGACGCCUCACAAGUCACAGGAUCAUUCUGAGACACUCGACGGCACUUUCUGGUUAUCAUGGCGUCUUUAUUAGUGCCCAUCCAUCUGGAUGAGACCGAUGACAACUCCGCGGCGUAUGAUUCGGACGAGGAACCUGACAAGGGUUCGCCAGCGCAGCUGAAAGGCCGCCAGGCCACGAAACACGAUAAGCUGAUCAAGUCCAUUUCCCGACUGGAUAAAGCACCAGUAUCUUUGCGGAAAAUUGAGCGCACGGAAGCGGCGGCGGUGAUCAGCGACCAGAACCUGUCGGGCUCUUCGCUGCGCAGCGUUUCCAUCGGCGCUCUCCUCAAAAAGUCCGAUCGCUCGGCGGCGGAUGAGGCUGUCAAGAAGAAACUGCAGAAAACGAAACAAUCCCAGCUUCUCUCGGAACCGCUGAAACGGCAUGAGGCAGUGAAAAUCGAAAGGGCCGUCAACUACACGGAGGUUUCGAAAGAUUUGGGGAAAUGGGACAAAAUCGUCAAGAACAACCGCACGGCGGAAGGCGUGGUAUUCCCAUUAAACACCACCGCCAUCAUCCCGCAAACAGCAUCGGAAUUCGUCGUCCGCGAUCACACGAAGACCCCCUUGGAAGAGCAGAUCGAAGCCUUACUGGGCACUAGCAAAAACAACCUGACCAAGUCCACCGUCCUGACGGAAGCCGAGCGGGAGGCGUUGCAGGCCAUGAGUCUGCAGGAGGCGGAAAUGCGCCGGCAGGAACUGCAGAAGCACCGCGCCCUCCUCUCCUACAAGGAGCAGAAGGCCCGCUGGCAGUCUAAAAUAAAAAGUAAAGGCUAUCAUCGCCAUCUGCGCCGGGCCAAGCGCAAGGUGGAGGAGAGGGAGUUUGAGGAGUUGAAGACGACGAAUCCCGCGGCGGCGGCCGAGAAGCUGCUGCUGCUGGAUAAGAAGCGACUGCAGGAGCGAUUGACGCUGAAGCAUCGCGGAACCGGCAAGUGGGCCAAGUACAUGCAGCAGCGCGCGAAAACGGAUAAGGAUGCCCGGGAAGCGCUGCAGGAGCAGUUGCGGCUGAGUCGCGCCAUCACCGAGAAGAUUGCUGUGGAUGAUGAAGAUGACGAAAGCGACGUGGAAGACAUAGAACCGGAAGAUAAGGAAACCCAAGCCAUUUUGGAUGAGGAAGCAGCAGAAAACCCUUGGAUGAGUGCCACACUGGGCUCAGCAUGGGAAGAUAACGAUUUGGAGCAGGGUUUCGCUGACGCCCAAGGGACAGAAGACCGCAAUGCAAGGCAGCCCAAGCCGGCCGUUCCGCCCGUGAAAGCAUCUCCGGCCCACCCCGUGUCGACACGGGGAUCUCGAAAACGAGGUGGUUCUCCCGAGAAAGAUGAUGAUGAUGUUGUGGAGUUAAGUGGAGGCGGGGAACUGGUUAGCGAUACCCGCAAUACGGCGACGCCCAAUCCGAGUGGAGUGUCGGCGAUGUCGGAUACAUCCGCUACGGACUUCGAUGUAGAUCCUUCGAAGUUACUACUGGCAUCGAACGCCAAGGUGCGAAAGACCGUGAUUCCUAUGGCGGAAGAUGAGGAAGUCGAUGAGGUGGAGCUGGAAGAAAAUGACGCACAGCGCGAUAUUAUCGCCGAAGCUUUUGCGGACGAUGAUGUUGUGGCGGAUUUUUCCAAGAAGAAGAAAGAACUGGAAGACACGGAGAAGGCAAAGGACAUUGAUCUAACCCUUCCCGGCUGGGGCGAGUGGACCGGUGCGGGGACGAAGGGAAUUGAUCCUGCCAAGAGGAAACGCUUUACCAUCAAAGCACCCAGGGGGCCGCCGCGAAAGGAUCGAUUUCUACAAAAUGUAAUGAUCAGUGAAAAGCACGAUGAGAAACUGGUGCCUCAUCAGGUGAAAGAACUGCCAUUCCCCUUUCGUACUGUGGAGCAGUUUCACGGUGCUAUUCGCAUGCCGGUGGGAAAAAUGUGGAAUACGGAGGCGGCAUUCGAUGAAAUGACCAAACCAAAAUUUACUACGAAAAUGGGCGGCUUUAUAAAACCGAUGCCGGUUCACGUGGCAUCCAAGAAACGGAAGAGCGGGACUCUGGAAGAGACUGCGAAGGAAGAUAGCCUUGCUUUGUCCAAAAGCGAAGUGGUUAGAGCGAAAAAACAAACUGUAAAGAAAAAGAGGAAAUGAAGCAGUUUUAUUGAUGAUAUUAAAUAUCAUUAAAAAUUUUUAAAUGUUGAAGCUGUUGUUGGUGCUUUACCAGUAAAUGUAACUGUUUGAAGCUGUUAAACAGUUGCUCGUGUUUAUCAGAUUCUUAUUUUAUUUGGGUGCUGUCAGGCUUGAAAAAAAUAAUAUGAAAUUUCGCAUUGAAUAGUAAAGACCAGCACUGCUUUCCAGGCAUGCGGCAUG